UUCUAUAAAAAGUAGCGAUGUAAACAGAGCUGAGCCGAGGAGAAAUUUGGCAGCAAGAGUUCAGCUGAGCAUCGCCUAUUUUUGUUGGCUUUUCAAAGUUAAACUGCUGUUGGUAACAGCUUAACUUUGUGUUCACCCUUUGUUACUCCAGCAGUUCGAGAGACGAGCAGAAUAUCUUCACUGUCAAAAAUGAGUAGCCACGUUGACGUGAAAAACAUUGAACCGACCACCUUUGAGGACCGCUACUACGAUGAAUACGAAUACUACAAUUUAUCAGACCGUUAUACCGAGUGCACUAGCCGUAAGGGCAGGACGAAGAAGGAGGCGAGCUGCAACACGAACAGACAAAACCCCGCGGGACACGAGCGCAAAAUAACCGAAAAACUCCAGAACGCUGAAAAGAAGUCCAAAGAGUGACACUGAAAAGAUUCAUUCGGACGGCUAUAACUGGCAACCGACCACAGGUGUCUCUACGAGAAAUGGGCACUGGACUACAGCAGGAAUGACUCGGGAACCUCAGUCUCAGGGUUGGAAUGAAAUGUGUGGAAGAGGCUCGGCGUCCAGUGACUUGUGAAGUGGAGGGUUUUGUCAGGCGCAACACCCUUGGUGAGGUGGGCCCUGCGGGACGCACACCUGUUCAGAGGAACCGAUAUGCUUGCUUGCGAUGGUGGUGUAGGCCAACUUCGUGACCAUUUUUGGUGAUUUUAAGGGUACUAUAUUUUUAAAAGUGCUUUUUAAAUAAAGUUAACUUUUCCAUCAAGCUUAUGACCUGAGAUUUUUCCUUGCCCUUCACAUUGCACAUUAAUGCACUGCUUGAAAAUGAAACUGCAUUAUGUAAAAAAAAAAAAAAAAAGCCUGUUUGCAUGAAUUACUCACAAGAAUAUAAGUGCAACCCUACUCCCAGAUCAUCCAAAGACUGUUAUAUAACAAAUUGGACUAAUAACUGCUAUCUAUCCACUGUAAUGCAUAUCAUAAUUGUAUAAUUUGUGUAAAGUAAUUUGGGUGGAAAUUUGUGAUGGAUUAUAUACCUCCCAAUUUGUGGUAAUUAAGUGCAAUAAAGGCAAUGUGCCAAAGUACUAUCAA